CUUCGCAACGGACACUCGAUUGGACAAGGGAGCUUUAGUGAUUAGAUCCCUUAAGUAAAACGAUUCGAAUGAGUUUCUUCUUCAAGUAAUUCAGGCAAGUUUUUCAAUGACUGUCCAUUCUUAUCCUGGGAAGAGAAUUUUUUUCCAAAUAUUUAAUGCAAACGAUGUCAUAUUCAUCAGGAGGAUGUCAAGACCGACCAUUGUUGUAAUAGAACACUCGUCAGUUCGUGUACUUACCAAGUAACCAACGUACAUUGAUCACAAUAGGGACAGGAGAGAAGGAUUUUCAGCCCUGUUACACUCGAUGUUUGGAAAUAUUGCAUCGGUAAAACUGUUCUUGGUGUUGCGCGAUCAAAUAGAUAUCCAAGUUUGGCUUUAAGGAAAGGUGUUGCAAGCUAAGAAAUACUAGCCAGCUUCAAAACAAUUUGCCUCUCAUGUGACCACGUGAUUCAUUAGUCAUCCUCAGCCAUAUUUAUCAUCAAAUCAAGAGUUUCUACCUAAAAGCUUGAGCAGUGUCCGUUGGUGUUAAUCAUGAACGGGACUGCCGAAUCACAUCACGAUGAACACGUACAUUUUGAAGGAAUUCCAACAGCAUCAGUCGCGCUUUUGGCAGGAAUUUGUAGCGCUUUGCUUGGCUUCUUUUCAUUCGCAACAAACAGUGUUCUUCUAUGGACUCUGUUCAAAGAUCCGUACAUGUAUUUCCGAGUGCGCCCCACAACUUUUUUCGUGGCAAGCCUCUCGUUAAGUGAUUUACUUGGAGGAAGUGUCGUGCAACCUUUGUACUCAACAUACAUGCUUUGCCAUCCAUGUGGAGUGAAUUUACCAAACCUACACAAGAUUUCUACUGUUUCUUCUCAUAUUAGCACCAAAAUAUCAAUUUCAACGGUCGUGGCGUUAUCAGUGGAUAGAUUUCUUGCUAUAAAGCUUAUUUGGAAGUAUAGGGCGCUUAUAACAGUGCGAAAGGUCGUCACAUGUAACAUUUUGAUAUGGCUCUUUUGUGGGCUGUUUGAAGCAUGGCACUCAAUGAGUACAUCAGAUAAAAUAUUCCACACAGUGGAUCUUCAUCUUCAGUGUACGGCUCCACUGACAAUACUUUGCGUCAUCAACGCAGCGACUUACAUUGAAUUCCGCCGAUAUUCAAGAAACGUCACUUUCAUGCAACAUGAUAAUGGAGGAAGAUCGCGCGUUUUUGCUCGGAACAUCCGUCUGGAAAAAAAGAUCGUUUUGACAAUUAUCCUGAUCACAAUCGUGUUGUUUUUAUCAAUUAUACCCUACCUAAUUGUUACUAACUUGGAGGAGCGGUGUCUCGAGGAACAAAGCAAUUUUACUUCCAAUGAGGAUAACUCUACGGCACUCAAACUUAAAGCCGGUGACACACCCAGCGAUUUUAUACGCCGAUUGGUGUAA